GAUCGGUUUUUCCCACCAAUUGGUAAAUUAAACAAGCAAACCUUAGAAGAACGGAUCAAAAUCAUGCAAAAGUUCUUCCAUUUGACUAUAAGUGGUAAGAUAGAUACCGAAACCAUGAAAGUAAUGGAACAGCCCAGGUGUGGAGUGCCAGAUGUCUUGCAAUAUAGAACAUUUCCAGGAGGACCAAAAUGGAAUAAAAAUAUAUUGACUUACAGGAUUAACAACUACACCCCUGACAUGCCAAAAACCCAGGUGGACAGCGCCAUAGAAAAAGCUCUGAAAGUAUGGAGUGAUGUGACUCCCCUACAUUUUAGAAAAACCACUGGAACUGCUGAUAUUGAAAUUCGUUUCGCAAGUAGAGAACAUGGUGACAAUAUUCCUUUUGAUGGAAGAGGGAGCGUCCUGGCACAUGCUUUUGCUCCUGGAUCAGGUCUAGGUGGUGAUGCUCACUUUGAUGAGGAUGAGACCUGGUCAGAUGUCAAUAAAGAAAUAAAUCUCUUUCUUGUUGCUGCCCAUGAAUUUGGGCAUUCCCUGGGGCUAGCUCACUCUAAUGUUCCUGGAGCUUUGAUGUAUCCUACCUACUCCUACGUGAAUCCAAACUCAUUUCGUCUUCCAAACGAUGAUCGCCGAGGGAUUCAGAGUUUAUAUGGAAGGAGGAGGAAUGGUGGAAAAAAAUAGAACAGCCCAUUUAGUUCUCCUUCAAUAGAAGUUCGAGAUUGAACAGCUGUCUGUCUGUCUGAGAUUUUCUACUGAUCCCUGCACUGAACAGGGGGUUGAACUGGAUGACCUCAAGGGUAUCUUCCAACUCUGUGAUUCCAUGAUUUUUACCUAUAAAAACUCACAAGGAUUCAUGCAAUUUUGAAGAAAGAAUUGUGAAUGACAA